UUCUUGCAAACCCCAAGGAAAAUCAUGCUUCUUUGGAUCAAAAGAACGGACCAGUUUGUAAAUUAUAUCGUUUUGUUUUCUCUAUAGAGUGUAUAAAGCAGCAAAAUCGAAGGAAAAAGGAUAGAGAUUAAACAUGGGUCACCAUUCUUGCUGCAAUCAACAGAAGGUUAAGAGAGGGCUUUGGUCCCCUGAGGAAGAUGAAAAGCUCAUUCGAUACAUCACCACUCAUGGAUACGGCUGUUGGAGUGAAGUCCCUGAGAAAGCUGGUCUUCAGAGAUGUGGCAAAAGUUGUCGGUUGAGAUGGAUUAAUUAUUUGAGACCUGACAUCAGAAGAGGGCGAUUUACUCCUGAGGAAGAGAAGCUGAUCAUUAGCCUUCAUGGUGUUGUAGGGAACAGAUGGGCUCAUAUAGCAAGCCACUUGCCUGGAAGAACAGACAACGAGAUAAAGAACUACUGGAAUUCAUGGAUCAAGAAGAAGAUACGAAAGUCAUCAGCACCUCCAAAAACCACUGCUUAUCCUCCUACUCAUCAUCCACAGAUUAAUUUUCCUUCAAACCAAUUAGAGUUUGUAAAUCAAAACUUGAUGAGCACGGCAAUCCCUAGUCAUCGAGAAACCCUAUUUUCUUCUCCACCCCCAUUGUUCAUAUUCGACAGGAGAAACACACUUGAUGGGAUUCAAGUUCGUCAACAUGGGGAUAAUUUAAACACCGAGAGCAUUUGGAACUUGAAUCAGCAUCAUCAAGUGCAAGCGUUGGCUCCUUCAACUAGUUCUUUCACAGGGGGUAUGGAUUCGAACACUUAUUUGCCACCAUUGAUAGAGAACAUGGAAGACGAAGGAGAAAUGACGCUCGAGUGCUUGCAGAGGCAGCCGCUGGAGUUGAAUGAAUGGGUGGAAUAUUCCCAGCAAAUUUCAAGCUUUCUCUUCUGGGAUAACAUCAACAUACAAGGGGAAGAAGAAGCAUUGCCAUCAACUUCAUCAAACAUGGCAACUUCAUUCCCCACAUCAUUAUGAAUUAUUAAAAGGCUUUUCGAAAGAAGAAGAAAAAAAGGUUUCUUUUUCUUUUCUUUUCUGCUUUCUUUUUUUUCUUUUGUAACUUUAUUUGGUGAUGAGCUUGUGAAAU